AUGGCAUUUUUACAUUCUCACUCGACGGAAUGCAUGUCCAGCGAGCUGGAUCUUUUCACGCUACCAGCCACUCAAACGUCAAUUGAAAGCAGCAGCUUUAUGCAUUAUAAGCCUGUGUCGUCUCUUAGCGACGAUGUCGACGCACCAUUGGAAUUCGUCGUGCCGGCAGGUAGCGAACAUUACUUUGAUCUGGCUCACACCAUGCUUCAUGUUCAAGCUAAAAUCGUACCCGCUGACGAGGCUACGGCAACGACCGAAGACCUUAAAGUCGGACCGAUCAACAAUUUCAUGCAUUCAAUGUUCAAUCAGAUUGACGUUUUUUUCAAUCAGAAAAUUGUUUCGCCGCCUAAUAACGCCUAUCCUUACAGAGCGUACAUCGAGACGCUUCUCAACUACGCUCCGGCUGCUAAAGACUCACAUCUUACAGCGAGUCUGUGGUACGACGACACGAGCGGUGGUUUCGAUUCACCAGCUAAUGCGGUGAGCACUGCCACAGCACCUAUUAUCGUGAACAAAGGGCUGGAAAAUCGCAAAUAUUUUACACAGAAUCGACGAUACUUUGACAUGAUUGGACAUUUGCAUCACGACCUCUUUAAUCAGGAUAAAAUAAAUAAAAUGCUGAUUAAUGGCGUAGAAAUGCGCGUACGUCUAGUGAGGAGUAAGGAUGCUUUUUGUCUGAUGGACGCGACAGCCGAUGGAAAAUUCAAACUCAGCAUCAAAGAAGCUACACUCAUAGUUCGCAGAGUAAAAAUCAGUCCUGGAGUUUUACUGGCUCAUGCGCAAGCGUUAUCGAAAACCACGGCUAAAUAUCCCAUAACGAGAGUCGAAGUUAAGUCGUUUACUCUUCACUCGGGAAUAUUGGGCGAUUCGAUCGACAACGUUAUACACGGUCAGCUGCCGAAGAGAAUAAUCUGGGGUUUUGUGGAGAACAAAGCAUUCAACGGAAACCGCGCGUUAAACCCUUUUAAUUUUCAACACUUCUCUAUAAAUUAUAUUUCUCUCUACGUCGACGGUGUACAAAUUCCAAGCAAACCUUUGCAGCCACGUUUCACGGGUCUCGACAAACUCUACAUUGACGCUUUUCAAACUCUUUACACGGGCACAGGCGUGCAUUUUCUCAACGAAGGUUUUGGCAUCAAUCGCUACAACUAUUACAAAGGCAAUUUUUUGACGGCCUUCGAUCUCACUCCUGAUUUAUCGGCACACUGUGCCACACAUUGGAAUCUCGUGCGCUCGGGUAGCAUACGCAUAGAGGUGAGAUUUGAGACGGCUCUCCUCACUGCUAUCAACUGUAUCGUUUACGCAGAGUACGACAACGUUCUGGAAAUCGACUCUAACCGCCAAAUCAUAACGGAUUUUAGCGCUUGA